AUGGAAAUCCCUCCCGACCUCGCAGAAAUGGUCAUCGUGCACGCCUGGCGCACCUUCACCCCCGAUACCAAAGCGAUCCGUGACCGCGAUGCAGCGCAGCGUGCUUCAGACGGCAAGCUCCGGUGGUCUUUCUUCGGGCGGCUGAGCCAAGUGUCGCGGACUUUCAAGUACCUGGUGCAAGCCGCCGCUUGCCACACUGUGACCAUCGAGACCCAAGUCGACUUCGACAUGCACCAGAAGAUCAUCUUCGACGUCCUCGGACCGGACCCCGCGACCGACCCGGCGCGCGGCUUCCUCCAAAACACCGAGCUGUUCAUAACCCUCACCGACGUCGACCCCUUUUCCGGGUUCGGGUACAGGGUCAAGUACGAACAAAUUCCCGACUUCAUCACCGCCUGCCGCGUGCUCACGGUCGCCAUCGAGUCUCACUCCUCCACGUAUCGCUCCUCCGCGUAUCGCGCGUGCGAGUACCAAACCGCGUUCGACUGCCUCGCGCGGUACGGCGGCGCGUGCGCAGAGGUGCACUUCGCGUGGACGUACACCCACAACGCCACGCGGUUGCUGCCCGCCACCAUCUCCGCGCCAGAUGCCCCUCCAGUCCGACAGAGGUUCCCGGGAGUUCAGCGCCUUCGGCUGACGAAGUAUCCGAGAUGCAAGUGCCACCACUGGGUCCGCGGUCACGUCCAAGACUGUUUCUCGCACCUGUUGCCGACGAUUUUCCCGAACUUGGUGCACCUCCAUAUUGAGACGCCGUAUUUCCUCAAGAACAUCACCCUGCCGCCGCGCACGAGGGUUCUCGAGUUGGAGGUGCCUCCCUGCGACGGUCCCGGGAGCUACUCUCUUGUGCCUUGGAACUUCGUCUCCGGACUCAAGGCGGGGCUAAUGCAAUGCGAGACGCGCCAGGAGGGUGGGGACUGGCGUUGA